AUGUCGGCCGGUGAGAUCCCCGCUUCCUCUGCUCCCGGCGCGCCUCAGUUCCAUGUACUGGCGGAGCUGCCAUGGCCGCAGCCACCGGACGCCGACAAUGAUUACUUCCUCGAGAAAUUCCAAGCCUGUGUUGAAACAUUGCCAGCUAUGCUGCACAAGAACUAUUCAUUAAUGCGAGAGCUCGAUAAAAGCUUGCAAGGUGUGCAGCUGGAAAAUGAGCAGCGAUGUCAACAAGAAAUAGAGGACAUUAAGCAUGGACUUGAAUCUGGAAGUAUUACAACAUAUGAGCCAGCAAAACUUAAAUUUUCUGAUGAGGCAAUCGAGGAGCAGAAACAUUGUGUUAGGAUUGCUGAUGAGAAGGUGGCUUUAGCCACACAAACGUAUGACCUGGUCGACGCUCAUAUCCAACAGCUUGAUCAAUACAUGAGGAAGCUUGAAGAACUUCGACUAGAAAAGGAGGCAGCUGCAGCUGCAGCUGCAGCUGCAGCUGCGGCAGAUACAGCUGUUGCUGCUACUUCAGCUGCUCCUGCUGGCGCUGGUAGCUUAAGGUCCGCAGCUGCUGAUCCUGCUCCAAAAACUGGAAGAGCUGGCGAAAGAAACAGAGGAGGGCGGAAGAAGGCUAAGGUGCCCACGGAGAUGCCCACAGAGAUCCCCAUAGAGCAGCCAGCUAUAGAUUUAGAAUUGCCUGUCGAUCCUAAUGAACCGACGUACUGCUUCUGCAACCAAGUCAGCUACGGUGAGAUGGUCGCGUGCGACAACCCUGAUUGCAAGAUAGAGUGGUUCCACUUUGGAUGCGUGGGAUUGAAAGAGCAGCCGAGGGGGAAGUGGUAUUGCCUGAGUUGCAGCGCAUUCCAAAAGAAGCGCAAGGGCAGGUGA